CUCACCGGCUCAACCCGCCGAGCCGCGGCGCACCGAGCCGCAGUCCGCAUGGUCUACCAGCGCAGACUCACUCGGAGUCCGUGGCCCUUCUGGGGCACAGCAGUGGCCAGCGUGGUGGCUCUGCUGGUGAUGGGAGCCAUCUCAUGGCACAUGUCAGGCUUUCGCCUUGCUGAAAGCAGAUGGUUCAAUGUGCCAAUGAGGUCUUCAAUGACAGAUGCAAAGGACCUCCCUGCAGAGGUGAAUGCCAAUGUCUCUCAGAGAGGACUUCCGGAGCUUCAUCAUCCAAAGCAUCGCCUUCCAUCGAGGACAGCCUUGGCGAUCUCCUAGCCUCCUAGGAGCCACAAACCAAGGAGUGUGAUGCACCUGGACUCUGUGAUUCCUUCCGAUUCGGCGGUGGAGGAGGU